UCACAAUCUUGUCGUACGAUUUUGGACAUUUGCCAGGAUUUGUAUUCGACAGGCAAUGCCCUCACUCUAGGCGAAAGUAUAACUUCUCAAGGAUAAUUUUUGUAGCGUGGACUGUGACACCCAACAAUUCAAUUGUGAUGCCUUGUGACACAAUUGCUGACUGGCCUGUGCUAUCUUAAAAGUGAUGUACGAUGAAACACAACCAAUUGACCAAUGCAUUCAAAAUUUUAUUUCACACAUGCCAAGCUUUGGUCUGCUACGAAUGUAGCAACUGUGGGGAUAUCCCACUGCGACAUCUGCCACGAAAACGCUGUGAUGAGGAUGAGAACACCAGUUGCAUGAUGACGGUGGCGAAAUUCGCUCAUUAUCGAACUAUAAGUCGGAGAUGCAGCAAAGCCCCGGUUCUAAACUUGGAUGGAUGUGUCAGCCAAACUAUUAAUAUCAUGCGAACCGAGAUUUGCAUCUGCGGCAAGGACUUGUGCAACGGUGAAUACAAGGCGACCGAGAUCUCAGAUCAAAACGUGAAUGCCAGCGCUCCAAUGGCCGCCGGUUACUCUAUAUUUCUAGGAUUGAUUAUGUGUCCAAGUUUUUGGACGAUAUUGAAUAAUCAUUGA